AGCGGCGUGUCGUCACUCACCAGGAAGUUAUGGUAAUUGAUUCUACCGGCUUCCUUGAAGUUGCAUCUCAUCCCAUGGUAGCGCUUUCUCCGGGACGCACAAGAGAUGUUACUUUUGGUGCUUGGUGCCCUCCUCCUCCUCUUCUGCAACCUGGAUGUGUGGUACUUUCUGCGGGGUGCCCAGGUUUUCUUUGAGGCAUGGUUCCAGCCAAGAAUAGACGACAUUCUUGCUGAGCAGUGUGUUGAUGGAGUGGUCCUUACCCAUGAUUUGGACUACUUAGGUCACAUGAACAACUCUCGAUAUCUGAGGGAGUGUGACUUUGCUCGCUUCCACCACUACAUGAGAAAUGGGUUGUUCAUGGCUUCACGCAAACUGGGGGCCAAAAUGGUGGUAGGUGCCUCCACCAUCCGGUACCGGCGUUCUUUGGCAUUUCGAGAGGCUUUUGAAAUCCGGACCAAAGUACUAGGCUGGGAUGAGAAGGCGUUUUACCUGGAGCAGCGCUUUGUGUCCAAGAUAGAUGGCUUUGUAUCUGCAGUCAUGCUUUGUAGGCAGAAUGUGGUGCACAGCAGCCCAGAGAGGAUCAUUGAAUUCAUCCACAAAAAAAAGAUUGAGUGCCCAGAGUUUCCAGAGGAGCUCAAACACUGGAUCAGUUUUAUUACAGCCAGCAGCCAGGCGCUGAGAGCGGAGAGUGGACUUGAGGAUAAGAAUAAAUGAAGCUGCCCCAUGACACCCCAUAUCAUGAGUGUAGACACGUAUCAUAGUACUGCACCGACAUGUAGAGUAUACAUACACAUAGAUAAACAUUUACACAUCGCUGAGUUUUAGUUGACUUCCAGUAUUCCAUGUACCUCUGAUCUGGGUCAGUCCUACCUGAUGUGUAUUUUUGUAUAUGAAAUAAUCAACUUAUGACAGCUAAAUAUAAAAACUUGAACUUUAUGAAAGUUGCUCUCUUAAAAGUGAACCGGGAACGAAGCUUUAUCCUUGCAGCUUAGUCAGUAUUUGAUUGUGAGUAGACUGGUUUCAUAUUUUCAUUCUCAUUAAGCAAAAUCCUGCAAUGUCAAAUAAGCAUGUAGCUCAAAACUUAAUUGUCGACUGACACUAGUGCAUGUUUUAAGAAAUCAGAAUAUAUUUUGUGCCUGUUUUUAGUAAUUUACAAUUACUGAAAGUUAUGACUUUUAACAAAAAUAUGAAAAAAUAUGGGUGAAAGGAAAUACUUCAAUGGACAUAUUGAACAUGUACUUUCAAAUUGUUUAACUAUCCCAUCAGGUUUUUGUUUUGUUUUUUUUUUUCUUCUUUUUUUGCACAAUUAAUUCCUGCAACAACCUGAAAGGGAAUAUCACAUUUUAAAGGAUCAAUUUAUCAGCAUGGUAUUGGUAUUGAUCUAUUGCCAUAUUUAAAAUGUACUCAUUGAAGAGGAUAACCUCUUGAUUGGAACUGCAUGGGAUCUUUUAGGAGAAUGUGUUCGAAUUUUGAUUGGCUGGUGCAAUAAGCUAAUAUGAUGUUGCAGGCAACUUUUCCAAACCUGCAAUGCACAAUAAUCACUGAAUGUUUGACUGUUCUUAUUGAGAAUAUAUAUAUAUAUAUGUAUAUAUAUAUAUAUAUAUAUAUGUGCAACCUUCUGAUUUCUGUAUCAAAGUUUCUGUUUGUAACCAAAGUAAUGUAUUGUUCUAUGUUGGGGAAAAUUAGAUUUUUAAAGAUGUCCAAUCUGUUAUACAGUCAUGUGAAAAGACAGUACACGCUUAGUCCUAAGGUAAUAUGUAUCAGGGUGUAAUUGGAAGAAAAAGAAACAAACAAAAACUGGUCCUUACAAGGUCUUAAAAUGAGGUAUAUACCAUCUCAGAUGAACAACAUAUAGCACAUUACUCUGAAUUAAAAGGAGUGUGACACAGUGCAUAGACCCUAUAAACAGUCCCACUUUGGUCUUGUCUGUCCAAACAACAUUGUUUUGUGAAAUUUGCUUGGAUGUCCAUUCAUGGGAUGUUGGGGACUGUCCUGAGUAAUUUCUACUUGUGAAUUACUUGGCUUCCUAGGGGUUUUUUUAUGUGCUGCUUCUGCAUUUUAGGUUAGUUAUUCUUCAAUAACACUGUGUAAUAUUUAGUGUGAUGUUGUUCGCUUAAGGUUGAAUUUACUUAAUUUUGAGAUCCAAAGACCAGAUGAUUUUUUAAUAGAUCCAUUCUUGAUACUUAAAACCUGAUGUUUGAAAAUGGGCUUUGUUUCCUUUUCACAUUAUGUAUGUUUUCAAUGCACUGACCAAGAAAAGUCCUAUUUAAUACAUUGAACUUUGAAGUUAUGCACUGGAUUUUAAUUUUAAUAUUAUUAUGAUUUAUUGAAAUUGAAUUAUUUCUCUAAUAUUAUUUAUUGUGUUUGUUAAUUUUAAAGCAUUUUGAAUUAAAAUGCACUGGAAAAUU